GAAACGUGUUGUUUACGCCUAUGCUUCAUGUAAGAUGGCAGCCGGAGAAAACAGUGGGAGGCCUCCGUGCCUCAAUUUCGCCGGCCCGGGCCCUCUUGGAAACAGCCAACCCAGCAAUAGCAUUUUCUCCAUGCCGGCAUCCAACGGCGGGGCGCUGGGUUCGGCCAGCGGAGCCCAGGGAGCCACCCGGCGCUCCAACCCGCAGCUGGGGCCUGGCGGUGUAGACGGCAACGGCGUUCUGACCUCCGGAGCUCCCCCGAGCGCCCAGGGCUCACUUCAGCCGCCGACCGCUGCGAGUGCGGCGGCCACCGGAGGCAUGGCCACCCCGGCGUCCAACAUGGCAACUAUCGCGGCGUCGAACGCGGCUCCGGCGGCUGCACCCACCGCCACUCCGGCUGCGGCGUCGGUGUUGGUGUACCGAGAACCGGUGUACAACUGGCAGGCGACAAAAAGCACCGUGAAGGAGAGGUUUGCGUUUUUGUUCAACAACGAAGUGCUGAGUGACGUUCACUUUCUGGUGGGCAAAGGAAUGGGAGUUCAGAGGAUACCCGCACAUAGGUUCGUUCUGGCUGUUGGAAGCGCCGUGUUUGAUGCCAUGUUCAACGGCGGAAUGGCGACAACAUCGACAGAAAUCGAGCUUCCUGACGUGGAACCAGCCGCCUUCCUGGCGUUGCUAAAGUUCUUGUACUCUGAUGAAGUUCAGAUUGGGCCAGAGACCGUGAUGACCACACUCUAUACUGCCAAAAAGUACGCCGUCCCAGCACUGGAGGCACACUGUGUGGAGUUCCUCAAGAAAAACUUGAGAGCGGACAAUGCUUUCAUGUUGCUGACGCAGGCGCGUUUGUUCGAUGAGCCUCAGCUAGCCAGCCUCUGUCUGGAAAACAUCGAUAAGAACACGGGAGAUGCUCUCGCCGCUGAAGGCUUUACAGACAUUGACCUCGAUACAUUGGUUGCGGUGUUGGAAAGGGACACUUUAGGAGUGCGGGAGGUGCGUUUGUUUGGAGCUGCGGUGCGUUGGGCGGAAGCAGAAGCCCACAGGCAACAGCUUCAGCCCACCCCAGAAAACAAGCGCAAAGUUCUGGGAAAGGCCCUCACACUCAUCCGCUUCCCACUCAUGACAAUCGAAGAGUUUGCUGCUGGCCCGGCUCAGUCCAGCAUCCUGACUGAUCGAGAGGUGGUGAGUCUCUUUCUUCACUUCACAGUCAACCCUAAACCUCGCGUGGACUUCAUCGAUCGACCUCGCUGCUGCCUGCGUGGAAAGGAGUGCAGCAUCACACGCUUUGGACAGGUUGAGAGUCGCUGGGGCUACAGUGGGACAAGCGAUCGCAUACGGUUCUCGGUAAACAGGCGGAUAUUUGUGGUCGGGUUCGGCUUGUACGGCUCGAUACACGGACCGACGGACUACCAAGUCAACAUUCAGAUUAUUCAUACAGACAGCAACACUGUACUGGGCCAGAAUGAAACGGGCUUCAGCUGCGACGGGUCCGCCAACACCUUCCGAGUCAUGUUCAAAGAACCGGUGGAGAUACUGCCCAAUGUUAACUACACGGCCUGUGCUACACUUAAGGGCCCGGACUCUCAUUAUGGGACUAAGGGAAUGCGAAAGAUAACACAUGAGUCAUCCACAACAGGCACCAAGACCUGCUUUACCUUCUGCUACGCGGCGGGUAACAACAACGGCACCUCAGUAGAGGACGGACAGAUUCCCGAGGUCAUCUUCUACACAUAGUCACCUUACCUGCGACUCAUGCAGUAAUGUUCCAUCAAAUGUGACAGGCAAGAAGCAGCGGGGGGAGGUCUACAUCUCGGGGCUCAUUUGUCAUAAUAUUUUCUCCUCCGUGUGGUGCGCUACUGUCCGCCACAUUGGAAGACAAAUAGCCGUGAGGCGAUAGGUCACAAUGUUUUGUGUAGUAUGUCCUUAGAGAUGCACUCUCUAUCUUUUGACCUUUCUGAAAAUGACCAGACCGUUAGUGACUUCACAGCGGAACAGAAUUAAAAAGAGGGCAAAUCUGCUGAAAUUAUUGGCAGCAUUGAAAUCCAUGCUGUGGGUUGCCAACAAUCAGCUUGACACUGAAUGUUACCCAAGCUUGUCAGACCAGCAUUUCACGACUUCACGUCAGCAGGUACCUGCCACUUCCAUCAUUUGCAGAUUUUAAAGGCUUUAUGGAUUCUUGGCAUAUUCAGACCAAACCUCUGAACCUUUACAAGUACCAUUUGAUAAGUAACUUCAAUUUACAGUGCAAAAUAUUGUAACUUCGCUUGGUAGUUGCCUAUAUCCAAAAAGCACUUUCUUGGCCUUUGCAUAUUUGGUUGUUUAAUGGAUGCACAUUAACUCUUUGGAUAUGUUUUUUUUUUCUAACUUUAUUGUAAAUAUGUGAGCACAGGUCGGUGAUGACAUUUAAUUGUUGUGCAAAGCUCAAAUUCCACAAAGUUUCUUUGUGUGAUGUCAGUUCAAAAAUAGAUUUGCAAGUAGUUUUUCAACCCAUAUUCAUUAGGCAUCAGUACGAACAUAAAAAUAUUUAAGCUUCCAACUGCUUCGGUGAAACAAUGCUUUCCCUGCGUCACGUAAAAUGUUAUGCAAUGUUUUAUACAUGAUAGUUUGCCAUUGAAACAUGGGUAACAGUGUGUAAUGCAAAAGUUACUAUUUUCAAAAAUCAGUAUAAAUCGAUUCAUACUGUAACACUUGAAUAUGGAUUGAAGAACUGCAAUCUUUUUUUUUUUUUCCAAUCAGCCAAUUUACUAAAAUAUGUAUGACUUGAGAAAACUUGAAUAAAGACAGUUAAGUACAUCCGA